CUGCAGUUUGGAAACAGCCAUCCAAAUCCAAUGGCAGAGAAAUUGUUCCAUUAGGCUGAUAUGUGGAUGAUAUUGCCAAACUUAUCUUCCUCUCUCCCAAAAUCCUACAGUAGCAAACCAAACAAGGAAAAUGAACUAAUUUCCUUUCCCUUCCCAACUGUCACUCUUUAACCAACCCAAUGGAGCUUUCCCUCUUCCCUUGUCAUCAACAGAACCCUCAUCUUAUUCACAAGCCUCUUCUUUCCAUUGCCAGUACAAGGAGGAGAUUAUCCAGCAGGAGUUCAAGUGUGAUUCCAUGUCGCUGCUCAUUGUCUUCCUCUGAUGAUAUUACAAAACCCACCUCACUAUCAUGGCACCAUGAAGGAAGAAGGGCAUUGAUCGCUAUUCUACUUACUACCGUUGGAAUUCAUGUCUGCGAUGUGGCUGAGGCUGUUAGCACAAGCAGAAGAGCACUUAGAGCUUCAAAAAUACCAGAGAGUGAAUUUACAACCCUUCCCAAUGGUCUGAAGUACUAUGACUUGAAGGUUGGGGGUGGAGUCAAGGCUGUGAAGGGAUCCCGGGUUGCAGUUCACUAUGUUGCCAAAUGGAAGGGAAUCACAUUCAUGACUAGUAGACAAGGACUUGGUGUUGGAGGCGGAACGCCUUAUGGAUUUGAUGUGGGCCAGUCAGAGAGGGGAACAGUCCUAAAAGGUUUGGACCUUGGUGUUGAAGGUAUGCGUGUAGGUGGGCAGCGUCUAUUAAUUGUUCCUCCUGAGCUAGCAUAUGGAAAUAAGGGAGUUCAGGAAAUUCCUCCAAAUGCAACAAUAGAGUUAGAUGUUGAAUUGCUGGCCAUUAAACAAAGUCCAUUUGGAUCCCCUGUAAAAGUUAUUGAAGGUUGAUGCGACUGUUGCUGGUCAUGUUGGUUUUGUUAAUUUCAAUGAACCAGGUAGCAGCCAACAGCUUACAGGAAAAGUGGAUUGCUAUCCUGAUCCAAACUUUACUGUGGACUGGAUUGCUUACGUUCUUGGAAUUUGAAGGGAAAGAAACCUGCCUUCAUAAAUUGAUAUCAUGAUACUCAUAUUAUUGUAAGUCUGUUUAUAACCUUAAUAAAUACUGCUUUUAAUCUUA